AUGCACCAGUACGACUACUGCACACCUUGGGCUCUACAUGCUAUCCAGUCCAUUGAGACUGAAAUAGACAACUUUCCACUCAUUUUGAAACCAAAUAUCUGGAAGACACAGAAGACACAGCAGCAACAGCAACAGCAGCAGCUGAAGCAGCAGCUGCAAUUGCAAAUACAACUACAACCACUGCAACAGCAACUUCCGCUGCUGCUGCUGCUGGUGCCACCACAGUUGCUCUUCAAAUCCUACAAGGGAACAGUAUUCACUGUUCCCUUGUAUUCCCGGUUCUUUGUGAUCAAGUCGUAUAAUGUGCUCGACAUCAAUGCGUCGUUUCAGCAUAGUAUCUGGACUUCCACAGAGUUGGGCAAUAGAAGAUUGGAUGCAGCAUACAAGAGCAACUUAGAGAAGAGUAUCUCCCCUUCCGGGAAGAUGCUCUCUCCUAUAUUCUUGUUUUUCCUGGUCAAUUCACUGGGCAAGUUCUGCGGCGUUUCUCAAAUGACUGGGCCUAUAGACUACACUCAGACUAGUGAUAUCUGGUGCGAGCACUCCAAGUGGAAAGGCGUGUUUCCAGUAGAGUGGCUCUUGAUUAAAGAUGUGCCGAACAAGUACUUUCAGCACCUAAAGGUGCCGAACAAUGAGUACAAGCCAGUGACUAACUCAAGAGAUACACAGGAAAUACCAUAUGAGGUAGGAGUCCAGAUGUUGAAAAUAAUGAGCUCUUUUAAAUAG